AGAAUUUUGUAUAUAAUGUACAGAUGGGAAAAUGGGGAAAAUGUGGUCAAAGGGAUUGAAAUGUUAUGUGAUGGUUUUAAGGAGAAUUUUUACAAAAUGGUGUAUUUUUGGUUUUUCACUCCAGAAAAAUGGGCUCAAAUGAAAGAAGUAUUCUCAAAUAUAUGUUGAAAAUGAAGGUUGGGACCUUCUACGACUUGUGGUCGACUUGUGGUAAGGCUAGGAAAUAUUGGUAUAAAAUGCACAAUUGACUUGCUUCUCGGUUUUAAUUUUGUUAAUUUCCGUUUUAGUAAAAAUGUGGUUGCUGAAGACAUCAGAACAUGGAAUGGACUGUCUGGAUUGCCAGUAAGAAACAGGAUUAUCAGUGUUGUGGCUCAACAGUCCUGUAGAGAGUGAGAAAAGAUUAACCAGGGUUUCCCCAAGGAGGGGAGCCAGAUCAUGCGGCACCAAGACCACAAUGAAACUGGUCAUGGAUACCUCCUUUUCUUAAGCGCACCCACCAGGACUUGGCAUUUAUUGUGCUCUGGAAAUUGCUUGAAAAAGAGCCUUUGGACAUGAAAGUGGAGAACAGGGACAGCUGGCAGUUCUGAAGGAUCAUGUUUGCUGCUUCUUCUCCAAGAAGCCCUGUCAAAUCAAACCUGCAGAAAUCCUAAAUAAUUUUUCAGUGGAGGAGGUCUAAGCUAGCUAAAGAGAUACAUCUAGAAAAAUGUUUGGACCCCUCCUAGUUGUACUAGUUCAGAUCCAGCUUCAUUUGGUAUCAGCUUUAUUCACAGUGGAAGUUCUUCAGCCACGUUAUUUUGCAGAGCAUGGGGGCACUGUGACAAUGGGCUGCCGCUUUCCAGUCCACGAUCCAUUCAAUCUGACCAAUUUAAGUGUCUUGUGGCAAAGAAAACCCUCCCAGGGAAAUGAAGUAAAAGAAGUUUACAAGCUCAGCAAAGGUCAAGAAGACCUCAGGCAGCAACACGCAGACUAUCAAGACAGAGCCAGAGUUGCACCCAGCGAAUUAAAAAUUGGACUUUCCAUGCUGUGUCUCAACAAUGUAAAGAUCGCAGAUUCAGGAAUAUAUGUUUGUCUUGUGCAUUAUGAAGGAUCCGACCUCAAGUACAUUUAUUUGGAUGUUAAAGCACCCUACAAGAGAAUACAUUUCCAGAAGAGAAAGGAAAAAACAGAGCUGAAUUUGACUUGUCAGUCACAAGGAUAUCCUCUUGCUGAAGUUUCUUGGCAAAAUGAGAAAAGCACUAAUCUCAGCAAAUUUGCCUUCACUACGCAUCAAAUGACAGAGGAUGGACUUUUCAACAUUACUAGUACCCUGAGAGUCAAACCACGGAAUCACGGAAACUAUAGCUGUGUAUUCUGGAAUAGGGAACUAAAUGAAAACACAUCGGCACAUGGUGCAGUAUCAUCGCUCGAUUUUGCAAAUAAAUCAAAUACGGAAAAAAAAUCCUUGACUGUAAUGGUACCAAUUUGUCUGCUACUACUAUUAGUUCUGAUAAUAUUCGCCUUCAUGAAGUUGAGGAGAAAGCAAUUCACCAAUUACUACCCCCAAAAAGAGGAAGAUCUGGAUCUUCAGACCAAGAAUUUAAAUGCAGCAACUAUUCCAGACUGAAGAGAUGAGCAAAGACAAGAAACAUUCCACCUGCUCUGUCUGCACUUUUGCACUUUCCCCUUAUUCCACUCUUUUAAAAGCUGUAUGAGGAAGUCUUUGCACGUGACUGCUGCAUGCUGUUUUUCAUGCAUUUCAGCACUGAGUUUUCCAGCCCAUUAAAAAUUUGUCACUGCUCAGCAAUUUUAAGGCACCUCAUGUAUUCCACGAAAGCAUUUUGAGGUUUUUCAGUUCUAAGAAAUGUCCAGGAACUGCAUGAAAUUUAAUGAUUAAACAUAUGUUAUAAGAGCUGAGGGGGCCCCUGGUGGCACAGUGUGUUAAAGCAUUGAGCUGCUGAACUGACGGGCCACAUGACCUUGGAGGUGUCUACGGAUAAUGGCUUAGAAAUGGAGUUGAGCACCAACCCCCAGAGUCGGAUACGACUGGACUUAACGUCAGGGGAAACCUUUACCUUUUACCCUAUAAUAACCGAGCUGGCAUUUUUACCAAUGUCAUUCCUACAUGGAGCUGGUUCUGUCAGUAAGCAGCUACUUUGGUCAACUAUUAACUGAAGUUAAAUUAUUGGUAGGAUGGUCACAUUUGUGAGUAGCAAAGCAGGACAUUCCCAUUAAUAACUUCAAUGAGAUUCAUGUGGCCUUAGGCAAGUCACUGCCUCUUUCCAUUUCUGCGUUGUGUGAAUAGUAAUCCUAGCCUACCAAAGACAGUUCUUGAAAGGAAUAUGAAAGUUGGGGGAAGUUGAACACUAGAAAUCGGAUUAUGGAAUACUUAUAUUUGCAUAUAUGUAUAUAUGUGAGGUGGGACUCAUGUCUAAACCUGAAGUCUAUUUAUGUUUCAAAUAACCCUCAUAUACAUAGCUUUUUUGUGUUAGGACCAACUUGAGAAACUGGAAGUCGCUUCUGGUGUGAGAGCUUAUAUACAUAGCUUAAAAGUUACCUGUGUAAUGUAAUAUACACCAUAUCGUUAAUAAUUUUAUGCACAAAAUAUAGUAAAUGUGUUAAACCAAAAGAAAAUGUCUCGCUUUCUCAACUAUUCAUGUGGUUAGUUUUGCAUUUUGGGGUAUUUUGGAAUUCCAAAUAAAAUGUUCUGUACCUUGAAAACUAGAAAUGGUCUAAAUAAUUAUGAAAGGCAUUUUAAUGCUGAUAUUUUAAACUAUCUUGUGGCUAGGAUGUUAAACUUGGUUUGUAUAGUUUGCUUUUAAUUGAAAUUCUGUUUUGUGUUUUAUUGUUACGUCAUUUACACCUGUAUGUUAUAAUUUUUGUUAUUUGGUGCCGCUACUGAUUUUGGUUCAUUUUUGUGUAUUUUAUAUAUUUUGUUUGUACUGUGUUGCCUUGCAAACUGCCCAAGUCCUCUUGGGAAGAUGAGGCAGGAUAUAAAUAAAUAAAUAAAUAAAUAAAUAAAUAAUAAUAAUAAUUUA